AUGACACCAUGUACAACGCUCACAGUCCUCCUCCACCUACUUAUCAACUAUUCUCUCGCCACCGGCAGUAAGUUUACGUUAUUAUAUGCGGGCACGAGGUCAAUUAUAACCUACUCUUUCUGGUGGAAGCACUCUCCUUCAGUUGUUUUUGUUUUUCUCACGGACAGGGCGAAAAAAAAACAAACUAGUUCAGAAGCCAUGUCAAUUAUUAAAGCGCUUUUUAAGUGCGCACUAAAUGAGCUGGAAUUCUAAAGACCACGACUUUGGUCCAAAGACAAAUCCACGAGGCAUCCGCUUCAAAACAGUAUAGAGUCGUGUCUUGGAAAUGGUAAAUCAUUGAAAAGUUUCCAAACUAGCAGAAUACAACAUAGGAAUGAGGUGUUUACGUUUUAGCUCACCUUUAAUGGUUUUUGGCAGUCCGGUAUCAUUCUUCGUGCUCUAGCAGUUUUUCAAGUCCUCUUUACAUCCAAUAACAGUCUAAGAGACUUCAAGGUGUUACUGGUCGUUCCUGUAAAAGAUGUAUUUUGUGCUAGAUGCUUUGCCACCCGGUUCUAAGCGUAAAAAAUGCAAUCGACUCAACAAGACAACUUUGGACGAAAAGUACAAGAGCAAAACACAGACUGUACAUACGGAUGGAAUUAAUAGCUCAGAGUGCUAGGUACCGUUUUACAUGGCGUGUUGCAGACCCAAUAGGUGUAACUUUUAGGAACGUUGUGCGUCAGCGAACUCGUACCUUUAGAAGAACUCUUGUCAGUUCGAAUCCUGCCCACUUCCUCUGGCGUUCAUCAGCUGGGCAGAGGCCUAGGCCUGUUAGUGAUUAGAGCUAGACAACAGACUGAGCGUGAAUAGGCCACGGCUUAGCAACGACCUCACUGUUUACUGGCGCAGACAACAUUGCACUGCUGUCCUCCACACCCACUCGACAUAAUUUUGUGAACCGCUGACGGGCCAGGCCAAGUGCCUUCUGAUUUAAUGCCAGACUUGCCACAUGGGGGAGUCGCUGAAUGUUGUUUUAUAUCUUUGUUGAUUGAUGUUUGCCAAAGUUUCGUGUUUUUGUGCUGCGGUUCCAUUGGGCUAGGUGUCAUUCUCUGUGUUGCGGGUUCAUCACUAACUUACGGAUUAUACUGCUAAUGAUGGCGAGUGUGCUGUGCAGUCCAAAAUGUUCUCACUGCAGCAAGUGUAACCAAACUCCAUCGGUCUUUCAUAGUUUCGCUAGAUAGUUUUAUCUUUCUAGCGCUCUAGGCAUAUAGUGCAAAGGCGCAGAAUAUCAUUCGAUGCGGAAAGUUUCCGAUCAUGCAGUCCGGAAAAUGUCUCAAGUCAGGUCCGCAGCAUGCCUUUUUCAUGAUGGCUGGGAAGUUAAUUAUAUUCCAUGCCAUGCUGCCAAUGCAAUCGCAUUCAACCCUAUUGAAGCGAUAGUAGAGUUUACGGUUUCAGAGCAAGUAGGCUGUCACAGAAUGUGGCAUUUUGUAUUCCUCAAACGUCCUGUACUUGAGCGACCGUCCCUUAUCGGAAUAUCCGGAAAUUAAAUCUUUCUGGAAUUCACUAAAUCCUAAAAAUCUUAUCUGUGCUGGCCAGAUUCACUGCCGGUUGAUCCCGACUAGGCUUCAUCCUCUAACUGUCCAGCUGAUGACGUCGGUAGAACCGACUGAGUUUCCAGAUAUAGAUACUGCAGUUGUGUUUUCUAGUUCGUGAUCCGUCCGUCACGGGGAUUGCGUAGCCGCAGGUAGUUUGUAACGUAAGUAUGAAAUUGCGUGAAUAGGAACGUCUUGAAAAAUUCCUUUUGCUACUGUUCCGACUGUAGUUACGUACAUGUUGAACUGUAUCCCAAUGCUAAAGCUUCGGACAUUCGUUCACUCUAAAAUGCCAACUUGUAUUUCGAACUCUGAAUUCCUUGGCCAAGACGGGGCGGAGGUCGGCUGAGUAUUUUAAGCAGACGAAAACGACUAAUUAUCGCAGAAAUCAUUUCAACCCUUUUACUUUCCUAUCCUCUUUUUGUACAUCUAUAAGGCCAUCCACUGAGCGCAUUCACCCUCUGCAUCUCACGUAGCUCGUGUUGAAAGAGGGUUCUGAAGUUAAACCAGUUUAUCCCACACUACGAAAUUUCAUAUGUCUAUCCUUAACUUUUCCGGCCACUUCUGGUAACAAAAAUCUAAUGGCCUCACCUGCUCGUUAGGCUUAAAGCCCUGCCUGCCUAGUUCAACUAGAUAUGCUUCGUUACGGUUUGCCCAAUGACAGACUAUACUUAGCAUUAUGUGGUAAGGAAAACACAAUUCUCAUGGAAUGAUUAACGUUGAAAUUGACGUAUUCCUGGAACUUCAUACCUAGCCCUCUCAUAAAGCUAACGCUACCGCUUGUCUAACCGUAAUGGUAGUGAUUAAGUUUAAGCUUAGGUUAAAAGUUAGAUUUAAGGGUUAAGGUCAGGGUUAGAUUUAGCCAUGGGAUUAGAUUUAGGGUCAGUGUUUAGGUUAGCGUUAGGUCUAUGUGUUAGGGUUUCGGUCAAGAUUUGGGUUAUGAUUGUGAUUCUGGGGUUAGGGUUGUGAUCUGCUUUUUAACGUCAAGUUUGUUGGUUGCAGGCGUUUUUAUUCCUUUUUUAUCAGCUGGCUCACAUACGAUACCGUUGUCCCGCAUGAAAUAAUAUUUGAACCAAGCUGUAUACUGCACGCGAAAGCCUCGAUGCCUUCCAGCGACAUUCACUUCAAGCUACUUUGUUUUAUAAACUGCUGUCCGCCCCGCGGGCGACUAGCGAUCUGUUGUUGGCUUCUGCAGUGCGUUUACAGAAAACUAUCCCCUUGUCCGACCUGACAGCGGCUGUCAGAAAACUAAACAGACAAUGUCUCUCCGCGUUCUGUAUGUUUGUGCAGGGAUUCUCCAUUGCAUUUCCAUGCCCUUUACAUUGACUGCUGGUCUGCGGAAAGGGGGCAAAUUGCGGACCUUCGCAACUUUGGGACAGUGCAUCAGACUUACCGCCCGACUAGCACUUUUGGAUAAGGUUUCGAAGAGCAGACAAGGUGACUAUGGAGACCGCAGCACGAGGGAUACUUAAGAAUUACCACUACUACUACUACUAUUACUAACACGUCUUUCAUUGUGGAUAGUUGUACUACUACCUCUAAUAAUAUCACUACAAUGGCGGAAUAGUAGACUCUAGCUGUAUCUUCAACCUUGGAUGAAGAGCAGGCCCAGUCUAAUAGUUGAUACGGCAACGUGUGACAGGAAGGUUUUCUGGUUCGGAAAGCAGUGGCACGCGAGAAUCGUCCCCACAGCGGGGGGUGCAAGUUCUAAGGUCAACCUGAAGGACCCUUUGUGUGAGUGUGAAUGAAACUGGCAUCGGCGCUGGAGCAGCGCCUCCCAUGGGCAUCACAGGACUGUGGCAUGUUGCUACAUGCUCAAUAACUUGACCUGAUUCGCUUCGCACCCUGGCUAGCUAUUAGAACGGGAAGAAAUUAUCUGUGAAUCCUUUCGCGCCCUAUUUACCCUACAAGGUGCUAAUUAGGUCCUGUGGAAAUUCGUUUCCCCACCGAAGACUCAUCUGAGGGUAGUAAGUACGUGAGACCCACUAAUUAUUUCACGCGAACUAUAUAAUUCAGACUGUAAAGAAGUUACUGGCGAAAAAUUGCAUUUGCUUUAAGUCCGCCCGAACACAAGAAUUUAAAUAGUCCGCAUUAUUAAGCGCAAACGGACAAAAUGCCAUUAUCCGAUAUUUCAAUUUCUUGAAAACUUGAUUACAGGAAGCUCCACAGGCUGGAAGGGAAGAUUGCUGCGUAAUAGACACUGUUUUGCGUGAAUAUAAGAUUGUGUUAGAGGCCAGAGUUUCAGAAUGAACUCGCAGACUUAUUUUUUAGACGAGAACGUACACGUAAGGAGGUAGCGUAUACUGGCCUGCCCUGAUUGCAGGAAGAAAUGCAAGCGACUAGAAUUUACCUUGAAAAUUUGGAUCUACAACCCACAUGGGCAGUCGUAUGCCAUUGAAGUUUAACUCGCUAAUGCUGACUGAUAAACUAGCGGUGGCCCGUCAUUGUCGGUAACGCUCCUCGUAAUGCCAUUCAACACCUUUCGGCAGUUAAUUUACGUUAAUCAACGCAAAAUGCAUGCGUAAUCUGCAGGAGCCAUGAACACGAGACCUCGGUUGCUGGAAGAUCAAACUCGUGACGCCUUUAAAGGACGUAGUCAGCCACAUGUGGCAGUGCUAUCCAUCGCACAACCAACUUGCUCCCAGACUGAACAGCGCAAUCACAGGGAUGGUUUAGGUACGGGAUACAAUGACCUAAACCAAGUUACUCGCUAGAAUCUUAUGGAACCUUCGAGUUUAUGACGCGGUAGCGGACGGCAGCUUUGGAUCGCCGUGAAAUUCCAACACCUAGUCCGGCAACAGAGCGUUCGGUCGUCUCCAAAGCCCUUCUAAUAUGUUUCAGAGCAUGCCACAUCCCCUGUGGGAUUUUUGUUUGGGUCCUCUGGGCGAACACGUAGUAAGGCCCUAUAUAGAUCCUCGGACAGCCAUCCUGCACAAAGUGGUGACAGAGACACGGAGCCUCGCUCUUAUUUUCUUUCCAGUAGCUGCAGUGCAUCUGAAUCUGUUUGAAGGGUACCCCAGUAGUCUCUUUUUGGACUAUCGGAUGAUAACUGGGAAAGCUGACAAAUUGUGUAAUGUUAGUUGUAUUCCAGUAAACCGUGAUCUUGACCGCACUGUCAGGACUCCGCCUUAUGGGCAUAUAAAAAGGGUAGCUUUUGCCUUGUUCUUCUUGGCCGAUGAAUUAUACAUCCAGGAAGGUUGCCUCGAGAAUAUAGAGGCGCUGCAGCAUGCUCUUUCUGCCUAUAACCGACGAUUCGUCGACGCCACGACGCACAAAUGUCGGUCAGUGCUGGAUAAAAGCAGCAGUUUCCAGCCCCUGUGAGACCUGUUCUGCCACCGACAUCGGAGCUAAGGUCACCAUCCGGGUUUCCCGGACCUGCUCCUGGGGUUCUGCGGUAAGACUAAAACAGCCUUAUGGCAUGUUCGGUUUCGCGAAUGCUCUGCGUUUCGUCAUAUAUAUAUCGUCCAGCCUCUCACGUGAUAGUUCUUUCGCUUAGUUCGGUGGCUGCAGGUAAACAACGACGUCACGAUGAAAAGGGGCACGCACUCGUUCGACUGAGUUCAUCGGUAGCAAAGGUCUAAAAGAGGCCGAGAAGCCGAUCGGACAGAAACAGUCGAAUUGUCUUGGAGUACGUCCACCCUGGCAAGUUAUAAGCCGUGUUGCUAUUUAGGGAAACUGCUGAUAGAAAUAUGAAAUUCGACCUACGAAUCCAUAUUGCGUUGUUAGAAUGACCAGAACAUGGCCUGUUGUUCUCCUUUGGCGUCAUUUACCCUUCCCCCUGACCCCAUAAUUCCACGUAAAUUCAAAUGAGCGGCCACUGUUUCCGUCGCAGUCGAGGAAGCUAACUUUUGAGAAUCGAAACAAAAGACGCCAGCAUACACUGCAUCCAACAAGAAGCUACCUCUUGCUGAUAGCGCACAGACCAAUCCUAUGCGUUUCAGGAUGAGUCAGGAGCUAUGAAAACCGAAGAGGAAUGAGAAAUCAACCAUUCAAUCCACCGAUAAAGAACGACUGACUGUCGCAAGAGGCCAAGAGGUAUACAGUUAAGGAACCAAGACUCUUCUUUACGUUAGGAAUUUUAACAGAUCCGUUUAGACCUAGCAAUCCCUCACUGUAUAAGAAGAUUGUUAAAAUUCCUGUUCCCUGUACUGUUUCCGGACGUCCAUGGUGUUUAAUUGUCUUUUCACUUGUGUUCAACUGAUUGACAUGCCAGGAGAGACAGUGAGUCAACUUUAAUAAAUAUCCCUCUACAAACGGUCGUCCACGUACUUUAUGUUUGCACACAUACCCGAAACAACAGUUGGGUGCGUGCAUCGCAAGAAGGCGCUACAGCACAUUCGUAUUCGGGCGGAGCAUGUGUAUGCUUUUCUGAGUAACACUGUCACCGAAUCGACGGAAGCCUCAACUUUUUGUGGGCCAUAACGUUUCGGGGGAUUCCCACUUCUGUAGAGUGAAGUGUUUGUUUCUUUCUUUGGGACACGUGCGGGCAAGCGGUGUAUUCAUGCGUGGUUCAGAUAGCUCAAGGCUUAAUCAUUGCGUGUUUCUACGUGAGGACACAUGCUUGCCCAAAUGGUCGCUCAAAAACCCAAUACUCUUUGCUGUAAAAUUUUGCUGUCGUGUGCUGACAAGCGCCUGAAGAGAGCACAAGCCAGCUGCAUCAAACAGUCAGAAGAAUGUCUUUCUCGACCCGCCUAGCCGAGCACCUAAAGUCCAGUCAGGAUGAAAGAGUGGACGGAACCAUAAUGAGCUGUCCAAUUCCAAUAAACGCCAGCGUGCUGUACAAAGGCAUGGCAGAUAUUGUACUUUAGGAUUGAGUUGAAUCACGUUUCAAGCCACUGGAUUCCAUCUUGUCUCAAGGGGCCGCCGACGUUUCUUAUUUUCCCCAAACUUUAAUCAUAUAACUCAUCAUCAUUCUUAACAGUAGUAGGUAAGGGUAAGGUUGUCAUCCCCGGCAUCAGCAGCAUCAGGUUUAUCGUCCACUGGACAAGCGUCUGAGCUGCGUGGUUUGGCGUUGGCGAACCCGUAGCUAUGCAUUCGCAUGCAGACGACUAGAAAAAUAACACCUUGCGUUUUUUCUCAGAAGGGACAGCGGAACCAGGUAGCUGACCGAAACACCAAUCGGCCUGCAUCUGUCAGGGGAGACAAUUUUAACGUGGCGAUCUACGUGAGGCACAGUUAAAGCGCCGCCUUAGUUUUCUGACGACGAGUGGCAGGGGUGUAAAUCGUUAAAAGGAAGUGGUCUUUGUUAUUUGGAGGUUAAAACAGUUACCCAAAACGUGCAUUUUCACGACUUAUUUACUUCGAGGUAAUUUUCGUAGCAUUCUUUGGGUGAGAACGGCUGACGCGCUUCCCAAAGUGCAUUAGUGAUGGCUCGUCGACCACGUCAAGAAGACGCAGUUAAGCAGCCAAUUACCACAUUGGUAUAUAAAUAUAUAGGGAAAAUUCAGACUCCGAAGCAUCAAGAUACGCAGGCCCACGGUUGCUUUUGGGCAAAAUCUGUGCUACUUGUCACUAAACUUGCAGCUGCGUCUAAUGAACAAAGCUAAAUAACAGAAUGCCUGAAAGUGCCGAAAAUUUCAAAGUCCUCUUUUUCAGAUGAAUGGAUACGGUAAUAGUAACACCCCUAUUACAGGUGACCUUGCCCUGAGUUCUAGGGAAUUGGGGCAAUGAAGGUUGAGACUAGGAUCAGGGGGAGGGUUAGUGUGUGGGUUAGGGCUAGCAGAGUUUGAGUUAGGAUGCUGGAAGAUGCGCUCCAUGAAAUUUAGAACACGGCCACCGGUAGCACGAAGAACGCCCAAAUUCCCGUGUCUGACUCUAAGAGAAUAUCAUGUAUAUUGCGGAAGGUACCGCGCAUGCUUCCAUAUCAAAUUCCAACAACGCUGAAUCAUUAUGGGUUCACAAGACUUAAAGGAAAUCGGGUGACCGUUCGAAUACUCCUGCAUUGUUUAACAGACCGCAUCAUGUUAUGUCAACUCGCAUUUCAGUGACCAUACAGCUUUUCUUAUUAUGCCACUAAAGAAAAGGACAAACGAGUUCCAUUCUGCUUUAAUAUAACCAAUGGGUCUAAUAGUAUUGAGGCUGUGGAGGACUGGGGCUCAUCGAUCAGCAUUCCUCGUAUAUUUAUCUCAUCGGUCGGCCUAAGCCAAUCGUCCUUGUGAAAUGACGUAUGGGAUAAAGGGAAACCAUUAUUAGUGCAAAGAAGAACUCACUUGGCAGGAAGUAACAAAAACUACUGCUUGAACUGCGUCUGGGAAAAUCUUCGACGCUCCUUCCUGUUUAGACCUUCUGGCAACCGGUCCAGAACACCAUACAACCAACCCAAGAAACGUCAGGUCCAAGUGAUAGGCGGCAUUGCAUCGGGAGAUAGUUUCUAUUCGAACAAAGCAGAUCUCUUGCUACAUUUUUCGAAGCUCAUCUUCUCCUGGCGGUUGUUUUUAAAUGUCCCAAUUCUGAAGAAAUGAACACUUGUGAGGGGGGUAGUUCAGGCAAAGAGGUACCGAAAACGUCUUCAGUUUGAGGUAGACAUAUUUCUUGGAUAACGGAAGUCACUUAAAAGCAACUGAGAGUUGUUCGCCCAGUUACCUUGUAGCACUCAAAAAGUUUAAAUGUGGUUCUAUUUCGAGGUAAAAUAUUGCUUAGGAGCAAUGCGUGAAAAACGACCACAAGGGUUUAUUAUGCACAGAAAUCCUAGCAAUCGUACGCUCCCGAAGAGACUGUGAGUCCGCAGGUCUACCAUCUAGGCCAAAUCGUCUUCGGACUACUGUUUGUUCAUGAAUUUGCAAUGUCAUCGAUUAGCUGCUCCAUGACGUAUGCAGCUGUUCUGACCACGCCGGUGCACCCAAGCAACAUUCGUGGAAUUUAAUGACCAAUUUCCGGCGGCCAGCCUUCUAUGGGAUUUAACUUACCCUAACAAUUGAAGCCAGCGCCAUUUUCGGCAUCAUUUUCCGAGUUUUGAAGCUUUUAGGGAGAAAUCUUUGUGCAUAAGUAUUUCUCACUGUACAUUCGAGCCCAGGAUCCUGCCGUCUCUGAAACAUGUCUUUUAUGUUCCACAGUGACUUUUGAUGGAAAAGCGCGUUUAUGCUCUACAGACCGGUGUGUUAUAGGUAUUGAAUCCACCCACUAGGCCUGAAAUGUUCAAAGACUUUCUGGAAUGCGCCUGCACGCCUUUGGUGCGCAGGGGCAAACGGCCUUCGAUAACGUAUGCCGUGACUGGCUGGCAUCCCACACUAUUCGCCCUCUGGGUAGCGUAUCAUCUACCCUCAAAAAGAGCAAGGCAUAUCGCUGCACGAACACAAUAAUGCUCCAUCAAGCGAAAAAUAUCCUCACUGGCUUCUAAGCAAAAUACACUAAUCCGAAGCACUCUGUGCUGGGUGAACAGGUUCGCAAAUCAGACCCUCGAUGGUCGGCUGAAAUGGUGUUUCUUGUUUCGGGGUAAAUUGUGGCGGAGUUGGUGAUCGGAUUCCUUCACAUGCGGCUGGGUCUGCCAGGUCGUCUCCCGCUGUUUCGUCGGUUCCGCCUUCAGCGACCGAGGAAGCUUUUCGCUUUGUACGGACUAUGAUUGACAAUCUUUUCACCCCUCGAGGUUUGGAUGAUGGUGCCACAUGCUGGUGGUGUCGACGGCCCGGCUGACACUCUUAGCUCGCCCGGUCUACCACCCCCCUCCCGCCCCACCGCCUUGUUCACACCGGGGUGUUCAUCCGGCUAGGGGGUGUCACAGGAGCGUCAGAUGUUCGCUGUGCGCGUGUAGGAGGGGUGAAAUGGGGGAGGACUUGCCUGUUCCUCUGGCACACAUACCACCUGCACAAAAAGCGCGGACCACUGUGACCACCCACUGGGUUUGGAGUGGCACGCUGCCAGUGUUACACAACACCUACACACUAAUGUUGGGCCAUGGAUGACCCAGUAAUUGACAUCACUCCUACUAUACGGCAAUCGAGGGGAUUUAUUUAAGAGGUUUGAACACAUGACCUAAUAAAAAGAAGUGCCCAAACCUCGAAGGCGGAGUCUAGUGGAACAGCAAACGUGCUCAACUUGUUUAUCGUGGCCUCUGUCAAAAAAAACGAGUUGAAAAGUCAUGUGACGUAGUUUUUACGGACUUAACUUUAUUGUGAGACGGGAGUUCAGCACGACCUCGGACUCCUAGUCUAGUACGUACAAAGGAGGUUGCAUAUCGAAGAGGAAUCAGUAACCAUGUGCAUUACUAGCAACGACAGGAGACUGGGAUGUUACUUUUGGCUGUUUUCGCACCGUUAUUCAAUCGGACUACAAAGUCAGACCGUCUUUAUGCCAAAGCUCCAAGAGAAAAAUUGAACGGUUUUACUUCACUCUGACAUCGGGCUUGAUAAAUGGGCACGCUACACGUGUGGUGCAAAAAAAUCUUCCCAAACGUAACUGAUAUUUUCACGGCUUGAAGAACAACUGGAUGCCAGUUAAUAACGAUCGACCACUUAAGCUUUUAUUCGAAUAAGUCUGUAAUAUCAGUGUCCUCGAAAUCAGGUAGUAAGGCUUUGUUAAAUUUCAGCACAGUACCGCGUGAGCAUAGUUCAGAUCGUUGACAGGUGACAUACGUGGCGUACAAAUGUCUCCUGUUAUCCACAGGAGUAUACUUCGACCGAAUAAACCUUCGAUCGUGUAGAUGAAGGAGAAGAGUGGGGACAACUUCCGACGAAAAUAACCAAUUGGUGGAAAUUAAAUCGCAAGCUGAUUUUCAACAGAACGUCGAGUCUCUUGCGAUCCAAAAAACUAUUGUUUUAAGGCUACAUAAGAUGAAAUAGUGGAUUCAAGCUUCAGAUUUCACGGGCAGUCCGACACUGACAUCUAGCCAAAUGAAAUGCCUCAUCUUAUCUAACAGGUUAGAUAACACGCAGCGACGAAAACCAGAGCAAUUUAGGCUGUUUGACAGACAGUCGGAAAUAAUUUGAUCUUGUAAAUACUUAACGGAAUCGCAACACCAGAGCCUGUUAUUUCAUAAAAAUUGGCUAUGUCAGCCCAGUGUGAGGGGUGUUAUGUGGUGAUUCAUUGUGUGCACACAAGGCAGACAUCUCACUGCGAGUGCAGGCAGUCCCUGGCCGGUCAAGAAGCUGUCAUUAGGUCUUCCAAAGCUGCAGCAGCAACGAAUAGUGGAGAAAAGUUGCUUAGGUCUGCACAACUGUCACCUGUUGAACCCCCUGUUGACAAAAUCCUGGACCCAUUCCCUGCAUAAAGUUCACGAUGCGAUGCGAAAUAAAAAAAACAGGCAUUACGACAGUAACAGUCUCCCACUCGUACCUCGUACAGGUCCUGUUCUGUAACGCAGCUGGAUGUGCCUGUCAGGUGUCCGUGCGGCGCAUGUGCGCAUAUGGGCGUUGUCCCGCUGUCAAAUAACGUCACCCAUCACCACAACUUACCUUCCGGAUUUGCAGUCCCCAGCCGUGCCUCCUAGAGGUAGGAAAGGGGAGGACAAGACGAGUCUCGUCAUGACUCACUCCCUCACCUCUCAAGUUUGUGAAUGUACGUGGAGGAAACCACUCAGACUACGGCGACGACGACGACGACAUUCAGGAGCAAAUAUCCCCUGUUUUUCAGACAGAUUCUAUCAGUCACCUGCCACCAUCAGUACUCCGAUAAUUCCAUUCCUGCAAGCCAGUCACCCUGUGCUGAGCAGCCUUGUAGUCAAGUCAUUUCUGUCUUCCGCAACUGGAAUGAGUCUCGGUCACUUGUUUUAGUUUGCUAGUCAGUGAGGGUUUCCGGCAAGCUGUAAAACCGAAGUCAAUAAGUAGAUGCGGGUUUUCAUUUUAAGUUCAUCAUCCUAAAAUACUGGUGUCUUGGUUGGAGCAUAACCAGCGCGCGAGGUAGUAGCAGAACUAAUAUUAAAUACACGCCCCAAGUAAACAUGGUGGGCCGGACUAUCAUGUUCAUAGUCAUCCCUUUCAUUGUCAAAACGCGCUUCAGCUUGCAGAUUUUGUUAAGUAGGAAAUUUGAAGAAUCAUAUCCCACAUCUUAUGUAGGCAUACUUGAGAGUCAUUUUGCCUGGGCUCACUAUUGGCAUUAACAAGAAAGCAUAGUUUGUACGAAGAAUUUUGGAGAAACUCCGAAUUAGGUCGGAGAAUCUGUACUACAGACCUUGGUCCAUAACACAUGCAGGUCUUUCUGUUCAAUUAAGCUUUGCUACUUGAAAUAUAUUCAAGCUGCCUCGUAGAAUUUUGGUAUCUUGAUACCUUGUGCCCUUAUUGCAUCACAUCACCAGACAGGAGGAAAAAAAUAGUCGACAGGGGUUGAACUGGCAAUAGUAGAUAUACCGUAAAUUCCGUCGUCCUUGCGUUUAGCACGUCCCACGUUCAGCAGCACACCGGUACGACAACCCGUCUCCACUUGCACCUUGCUAGCCGGUCCGAUCGCCGCGACAUUUAUCACUGACUUCUGAGACGUGUAAUCCUAUAGAAGUUGCUGCAUGCACUACAUCCCAAGAAACUGUCAGAAUCGGGACACCGAAUGUAGCAAAAAUGAUGCUGUCCCAAAUUCAUAAAUUUUAACUUGGCCUUUUGAGGAUAAUUUUAACCGAAAUAAAAGGAAGUUAGAUUACGGAACAACUUUUUUUCCAAUUUACGGAUGUAAGCUCAUGUGCGAGUAAGUAUAAAUAUGGGCAAUGAAAUGAUCACCAGCAAUCAGGAAACUCUAGCCCACAUUUCGUGAAAACCGUCCACUGCACUAAAUUACCUCGCCUGUUUUGGUCUGUCUAAAGGUUGGCGUGUUGAGGCCACAGGUAUAAAUGAAUCUGUGAUAUCUGAGUUUGUAUGAUUAAAUCGUGUUCUUCUACCCACACAGAUAACAAUGUUCCCGUUGUGAAGAACCACAGCCGACAAAUUCGCCUCCACGUCGGUGACACGUUACGUCUCGAAUGUCCAAUCUGGGGCUCGGGGCCCGCGCAUAAAGUGCCCUCGAACGUGGACCCUAGUAGUGCCUUCUUCUUAGACGGAACUGGCGUUGGUGACGAGGACGUAAUGUAUCAGUGGAAUAUUCGCAACAUUCCGGACUACUCAUUAGCUAUGAACCCUCGAUUCCUUUUUUCCGAAAAUGGCCGUGUCGUUGAACUGACGGGUCCCGUUACAAAGGAAGAUGUCGGAGUUUAUCACUGCUCUGGGGUCACAGGAUUUGGUCGAAAGGAGGUCACAUUUGAGGUCUAUGUUGCAGGUGAGAUCAGAAAACUCUCGUCCUCACCAGUUUAACAGACAUCCCAAAUAAAGCCCUAAAUGAUAGUUAAAAGCAUUAGAGCAAAUGCCCACUUAGAGGUGACCCGGAGUGAUAAAGAGCGUGGUUUUGCAUACCCUUCUAGGCUGAACCUUUUGCUUCACAAAUAUUUCCCAGUCAAAAGGGUUUCUCUACCCAUAUGUCCUCUUAAAAUAGGCGACAUAUAGUCUUAAAGAGAAAUAUGAAACCUACCACAUGUCCUUUACAACAAGUAGAGGCACUGUCCUCAGAUUGCUGGUACGCUUAGUCUGCCAAAUUGAUAAAUCGCUUGUGGUUUGCUUGUCAGAGGAAAUUUCAGUCAGAGCGUCUAAGACAGUCUUGAAGUAUUUUUAAAAAUUUUAAUGUAUCUUACGCACAUAUCCUCUAGCAUCGGCAACGAGUUGCAGGAACUCACAGCCUCGGCAAUUGGACCUUUGUGCUUGAUCUUCGGAUAUCAAAUGAGCCACCUCACUUCAUAGAAAUGUAACGUGACUCCAAUGAAAACUACGCUUUCCUUUUAUCCUUUAAACCGAUUUACGAGGCCCGCUAACAGUGCCAUUUUCAAUUAGUGUGCCUAUAACAAUUCGCCCUUACGGAAUAUCGGUAAAUCGCAGUCUGAUACUGUGUCCUCGAACGUUAGUCUUAGCUAUCGCUCAAGACUGAAGCGUCACGAUGGAUUUGAACAGACAUUUUUAUUCUGCAUCGGAACGUUUGGUGAACGUUUAAACUGAACUCUCUGCUACGACAAAGUGGAUAUGGCGCGCAGAGAGCAGUUAGCUUUGGUGAAAAUCGGUAUUCUUAUUAAAAUUAUUAAUUAGGCAUGAUCGUCCUGAGGAAAGAGUUAACUGAAUAUAAUUUGUUGUCUUUGAGUAGGGAAAUGUCUAGGCAUGGUGCUCUGACCUAGUCAAAAAUGUUUAGUGAUUGGUUUUGUUUACACAUCCGCAGAUGUCUGGAAGUAGAAGGCCAAUCACAACGUAAGACAUUUUGACUGAAAGUUGCAUGGUCAUACAUGACAGUGUAUAAACGUAGCUCAAAAAAUGUACGGUAACAUAGUGAUCUCCAUUUCGUUUGACCCGUUUGCUAAAAACUCAACAAGAGCAAGGCUAGAGUUUAACUAACGCUCUAACCCCCUGAACUACGUGAAUCUAACAGGGAGCGAUGGCGUUAACCACAUUUUACCUGCGCAACAAUACCAAUAUAGAACGGAAGCCAAAGUAUGCCGGCACAGAGUUUCAGUUUAACAAUUCCAUGUUAAGAAAUCACUUGCAAAAUACCAAUUCAUUGCUUGAAGAAACAGUUCACAUACGUCAGAAUGGGUUGUUUAGACUUAAGUCUAACCCUGCCGCAGAAACUUUACUAUCUACUGCAUUCACGUCAAGCGUAUUACUAGUGAAUUUGCUAUGGAAAGGGAAUCAGUCAUGACCUUUGAAAAACUGAGCAUGAUUUAUCCAUCCAUCUGUUUAAACAAUUUGGUAAAAGACUACAUUGCUUCUCGUGGUCAACUCUCCGAGUCGGUUAUCUAUUCAAGGACAGACAGGAAGUUGCUUUAAAUGCACGUCUAUUUGGGGAAUUUACUCGACUCACUUUUGCGAUCCAAAAGAACUGACAUAAUUGGUGCAUAUGAACUUGGCUGAAUUUCGUCUGCGAUCCAUAGAAUUUACCCAUUGUUCAGGAUCGUCCUUUUCAUUUUCCCAGACACAAAUGCCGACCUACUCUGCGCAAAGACCGAUGAACACUCCAACGACCCUCAGAAAAGUAAGUUACUUACCAGAGAAUACGCGGGCGGUUUAUGCUGUUUCGAGUAGACCUUUAUUUUAUAUUUUCCAUUUACUCCCAUCUGACAACCCCAACAAAUGUUACGAGGUGUUAUGAGUUAAAAGUGGUGGUUCUGAUCCGUGCUAAUCAAACGCAACCAUCAGACUGCGCUUCAAGGAUUAUACAAUGUUAGCUCAGAUAAACGUACUUGGCGAUCAUCGAUCUAAAAUGACGACACAUCAGAAAUUUAAUCCUCCUUGUUGGUAUUGUUCUUCUGUUUCAGUGCUCUGUUUUAUGGACCCCAAUAUGCGCACUAAUAAGGUGACCACAGUCGAAGCUCUGCUAGGUACGUCAGUGGAUAUGAACUGCGAGGCCAUGGGUACCCCGCCGCUUAAGUACCUUUGGUUCAUGGGAUCAUCUGUGGCUGACUGGAUCUCUGGCGGACAGGAUGUGCGUGGGCCGCGAUUGCACAUACAGAAGGUUGGCCGAGAACAUACUGGUCACUAUACUUGCCAAGUGCGAAAUGCAGUGGGGACCCUCAACUACACUUACAGGGUAACUGUGAAAGGUAAGAAUUCGUUAAACAAAUGAACUUUUAUUUUUUCCGAGGCAUCUUUAACCUCGACCGCAGAGCCAGGGAAGGACUGCGCUCCAACUUUUAAUCAAGUUAGAUCGAUGAGAGCCACAUCCACCUGUAUAUGACUCAAGCCCCUUUCGCCUCAUUUUAACUCCGCGUUUACUAAUGUUUACGGAAACCGGAGCGACGGGCUCCGAAUUUUUUGCUGCAAAUACGGGCUGGGUAAACUCAGGAACUGAGCCUAGUCGACUUGCUCUAGGGCGAACCAUUACCAACGCACUAACUCCCGAACAAUCUACUGACGUUGAGCGACCGUCACUGAUUGGCCGCUUAGCCGUGUGCACACGUGCGAUACAAAACACACACGGGGGCGGAUACCCUGCUCAGCCAUCAAGCUGAGUCGAUGUGCGUGUUAUUCGGUAUUUUUAUGAGCCUGGCGGGUCAAGGAGAGCUUCGAAAUCAGCUAGGAAAACGGAAAUUAUAUUUGGAUACGAGAGCUAUAAGAACCAAUUUACGUUUUAUGAGUACUGAUGGGGAGUUCGCCAAGAAAAUCCUCAGUAAGAUUCUCAAAAUUAGGCAACUCGGGCUUACCUUAGGAAUUAACUUCAGUCCAAUGCCCACGUAAAACUGCAUAAAGCCAUUUUAACUACAGAAUUACUAGUCGUAGGAUUAGCGGUUGAUCUAUCCAUUGUGUAAACAAUAGCACGGACGAAGUGGUGUUGGUAGUUAGGGUCCAAACCUAAAACGCCUGUUUCCAGUCACAAAGUCGUAUCAUCUAAUUUUCUAUACUUUAUUGUACCCGAAUACAACCUACCGGAUAAGAAGGCAUUCCGUAUUGGUAACUGAUGUUUACAACUCUAGAAUUAUGCAUUCUACUGUGAAUGACUAUCCUCCAGAAACUGAAUGCACUCAUGAGCUUUGACUCCAGUUAAAUCGAAAUUCAGAUUUCAUUUUUGUUUCAGAACCCCCGUCUGCGAUACCGACUAUCAUCGGAGGUCUUAAAAAUCAAACGAUCUUCAGUGGUGGCAGCGGUAUCCUCAUGUGUCAAGUGAAGUGCUCAUGCAUGGAACCAAUAAUCCAGGUGGGUCAAGUAGACCUGUAUCGGGACUCUCAGGAGUUGAGUCAAAAAUUAAUACCAAAAACUGACAGAAAUUUAUCUGGUGGUAUAGGCGGUGUGUAGGAUUUCAAUUUCGGUAACUAACCUAGGGCAUCAGUCACCUAACUCAAAAUGUUCAUGCUGAUGUUCAGACACAGACCAAACUCCUUUGUUCUUUUCUGUGACAACUACGAUUUAAACUUUAGUAUCCGUGAAUAUAAAAGUUAUGUUGCCUUAUUAUUGCCAAUUUAAAGCUAAUAGGAAUAUGCAUGUCAGAUGGAUCUUAACUGGUAGUACAGAGCCGUCAUAACUAUUUACAGAUGCUUUGACGUUAUUGAGAUUCAAUCCCUUCAGAAGUUCAGUCAUCGUAUUAGGAGGCUUAUUUCCAGUGUAUAUUUUUAACUCCGAAUAAUUCCCAGAGUUUGAAAGGGAACAGUACAUUUUAGGAUAAGGGGAUACCAUAUUAAUAGAGCCGAUACUAGCCAAAAGCCCAUAAACGCGUUUUUCACCGACAUUUUGCCACUGAAUGGCACAGCUACGAGGGGUUCGGCUCAUCACUGGGUACAAUUAUUUAACGCCUCUACUUAACUAUGUCAUUAGGCAGAAGUUUUGAGAAAGCAUAGACACCAACCUUGAAUGCAUUAGUCCAACUAACAGUUGCAACGCUUCUUCCCCAUGACUGCUUUAUUCCAUCCUGCACUUUUCUGAGGAGUUACUUACCACGUAUACCAAAAUAAAAAGUGCAAGCUCUACAAAUAGGCCAACUUUUAAUUAAUGAACGACCGAACUAUCUAGAAGCUCGACGGUGACGGCGCCGAACUAGGCCCGUCAAGUAUACUAUAGGGGGAGAAGGUUGACGACAUUUUGACAGGUACGCGCUAACACAUACUGCCUGCGCGAUCACAAAUAUCCUAGGGUUUAGGCUGAAGUGGGCCCACACCAUCCGCCUGGCAUGAUCACAUGAUGGCCAGCACUGAUUAACGGCGCCAUCAAUAAUUGAUGACAUCCAAUUAAUUCAACGGUUGACGCUGCAAAACGGCCUCCGACCCUCCUUCACCUCCUCCUAGAAUGCAACCGAGGGUCGACGCAUGCACAUACCCGCCACUCCGAGUCAUUACUUGCAGUCUUUCUCUCACCUGCCUAACCUUUCAUUUCCAAAACAACACACUGGCCCUUCAGACUGACUUUCAGUGGAGGCAAAACUUUCAACGUCUCAACUUUCUAUGUGAGCUGACUGCUCAAACCCUAACCACCACAUUUACAAUGGGCUUGGGACCACACACGCUUGCGCCCUGCCACCCAAAAUAGCACUCGAGCACUUACGCGCACGUUGACACUGCUGCCAUCACAACUUCCCCCCCCCCCUGACUUCUACGUCAUCUCCCUUGUUUCGGUGCCUCCUCAUUUCUGGCCUUAUCUACAUCCCACUAUAGGCCACUAAAAUAAAGGCGGGCAGUCCGAAUUAUUCAUUUUAUUGACAAGUGCGCCAACUGGGAGAAUACUCUUACAAGCUUUCUAGUACCACAGUUGGGUGGUGCGUGGAGUAUUUUAAAAACUGAGGUCCAACCAUAUCUAUUUUUUCGUGAGAAAACCUACAGGUGUGGAGCAUACAGUUCCUCCCAGAACUCAGCUUCUCGCAGAAGGAUAUGAAUGGGUCUGAAUGCUUACAUUUGAGACUAAUUUGGAAAUUAUUAUUGCGUGUUUCACCAGCAGUGUGAAGCUUCAAGGCCCUGCGGGCUUAUCGAUUUGAGGGAAGCAGAUGAUUCAAGAUGGGGCGAGUUCGCUGUACGGAAUCGUUGGUAUGAGUUUUGUGGUGUCUAUUACCGGCUGUCAAGGCAGAAGUAUUAUUAACAGGUAACUGAUCAGCCGACUACAGAAAGUUACGGAAUGCGAAAUAUGUAUGUGCUCUUACACGUUUAAAUGGACGAUCAUAACUCGAUCCAUGUGGAAAAUUAUAACGUCCGACAGAGAAGUGAAAGCAGUACUUCUCAGACAAAACUGCUGUGGGAAGAAAUUGAGAUAAAUAUUCAAGCGCUAUUUGAGUAGUUUGGGGUAUAUUACCUGUUCGAGCAUUCUAUGAUAGUGGUGUGAGCAGACAUUAAGUGUAACGAAACUGUUGAUUAGUUCACUUGUUUAAAUCGAAUAUGAAACGUUUUUUACCAUCUCGAAAAUAGCUCAUUUGCCUUGCAGUACUUCUCCUCUUUGGACAUUGGCAAUAAACAAAUGUCCCAGUAUGUGUCAACAGUCAAUGGCUCCCGGCUUUCGAGAGGUCCGUAAUGCUUACGUAAACAAAAUGUGCAAGGGGGUAGUAGCCGAAUGGGCAUGCGAUUUCUUCCCUCUCAAUCGCGCAGAUCGUCUCGAACAUUAUCCGAUAAGAGAGUUGACCUGCACUCGACCGUACCUAUCGAUAAGAUAUAGUUUUAACAAGGAAAGACACGAUAAAAACUCUGAACUAAUGACUGUAUAUGCAUUUGAUUAUGGCAGAGCAGCUGUCUGAUCGACCGUCGCGGACGACGGCGUGCACAACUAGCCAACUACUGGUUGAGUCGAAUUGUGACUUUUGUGCAGAUCUGUUUAAAGGGAAGCGGACGUAUGCUGCUUUUACAUAGUUCGCCACUUCCAAAACGUCCCAUCAUUCGGUGAAGAACAAAGCCAAGACAAUUGGCAGUGGGUAUUAGCACGCUGACUGGCAAAGUUAAAUAAUCCAUCUACGUUUGCCACUCACGACCUGGCUCAAUUCCGUAUUUGCCAGAUCACAGUGAGGGCUGCGGGAAUUUCAUAUAGAUUGGAAUGCUACAAGGACCGCACUGCCUAACCCUCAAUCCCGAGAAGCUCCGAGCGAUCUCGUCAAUUGGCUAUCUUUGAAGUUACGACGCGUAUUGAGUCGUGAUAUGUUAGAGCGUGCCAGGUUUAUUUUCGUGUCUUCAGCACCGACCUCACUCUGUCCCCCAUCUUCCAUGCGCCACCUAACUGCUCGAAACUGUCAAAUAACUAAUGAUGAGAUUCAGUGCAAUGACGGACUUAGCGUGGUAUCUUCCGUCUGCAGUAGCCAGAGGCUCGUCACGGCAGGAUAAACAUGCGUCAGUGUGGCCACAGUUCUGGUCUAAUACAACUACGCCGUAGCCCAUGUGUGAGUUGUGUUUGUAUAUGCCUGUUGGGCGCAGUGCCCCAAGGGAUGUCUGAGCUGCGGUUCUUGCUGGGAAGGUUCCAUGUACACUGUCUGGCCUACAUAAAAAUUUCAACACGAAUUCUGGCAUUUGUUUUCGAUUAGAACGGACUCCUAAUGGGAAGUCGUAAUAUGGAUAAUCGCGCAACAUAAUCUCAAGAUAUUUCAGUCAUGAGGGUGCCGACUAUGAAAUGAGCUCUUUCCCGGCGGCCUACAAAGACGGCACUCAGCAAAAAUGAAUGUUGAUUUAGUAUGAGGUUUCACAUUGGUUUUCGAUAUCCUCAUAAAUGCAAAUAUAGCUUAUAGAAAACGUUGUUAAAAAUAUUGUCCCCUCUACUAUUGUGCUAUAAAUUAUGUGCUCUUAAAAUUGCAUUCUUGAAAAAGGAUAUCUUUAGGUUUCGAAAACAUUUUCAACUCCUGGAUAAUUUUGAGCUUGACCUGCAGUUGCACUUGCGUUUAGGGUUUUCAGACUUCAUACUAGCCACUUUCCGUGCAGGUCGAAGCAGAUAUUACCCUACCCUAUUGGGAAGAUGCUCUAUAGAGCUCACAAAAUUUUGCAAAAAAUGUGGAUAAUGUGACAAAAUUAAUAGGGAGCACUAAUAAACGACACAUACGGUGCUGUAUGGAUGAGCAUUCGAUGACCUUAAAAUUUCUCAUAAUUCCGACGUUUUGGAACGAACAUAACCUUUCUUAAAUUGUACAAUUUGAAGAAGGCGCAAUUUGUUAUCAAUUUAAAACGAGAAAGAAUAAUCUCUUGCACGCUUUCUUUGAAAGACAGAAAAUUACUGGGAAAAUAAAUAUUACUAAACAGUUUUUGACUGACGUGAUUCUUGAACACGGUCAGCAGGGAUCUCAUUCAAAAUCCGUCAUCAUCGCAUGAUUGAAAUAUCUUGGGAUUAGUCUUUAUGAUAAUGAAAAUUACAACGCCACUUAAGUAAUCCCUUCCAACCAAAACACCUCAGAAUUUCGGUUAUCAUUUCCAGAGGUAGGCCAAAAACUUAAUGUGCAUAUAGCUGAUUAGUCCCGUGCGGUGUCCGAAUGCGCGAUCUCAGCGUGAACAGGGUCGACAGUGAAACAGAUAGAGGUCGGUCUUCGGGCAACGCUCACCCCUUCUUCACGCCGUGGAUUGGCAGCUGACCGACUAGAUCGAUGAAAGUAUGUGAUCGGUAUGAGGACACGUUGGGACGUUGUGUGCUGUGCUGAUAGCGGAGAUGGCGAUGGGACCAGAGCAACUAUUGGCAACAGUACGAUCAAUGUGCGGGGUUGACCGUGCCAUCCACCUGAGCUCUCCCCCGCCCCGGUCUUCUUGACUCUGUUUUGACACCGGGUCCAGGUGGGGGAGGAGGGAGUGCGAUAGAUGCUGUGAAAGUGUACACUCAUUAUAAACUAAAUCACGCGCGAGUCACCGUGUCUGCUUCACCUUGUUGUUGAGCAUACCGUGGUCAUCUCGGCAACGACGGUUGAACCAUCAGCAGCACGAAAGGGUGGGACUUGCAAAUGUGGUCGAUCAGGGAAUGAGAUUCUUGACUAUCUGGCGUACACCGCGACAGGGAGCACAUUGUUGUAGGAAAUUACGACGGAAGAAGCGGUGGAGUAUAGGACCGACAGUUAUGGGGGGAGGAGAUGGUUAGAUAGAGUGAGGUGGUCAACAGAUAUGUGGGAAAGGGACGAGUGCCAACCGUCCACGGUGACAUACGGUCACCAGCGCCCCAACUUGGAGGUCAAAACCUAAUUAGUAAAGACUGGUGCAUCACAGGGGUCCUAGUUAUCCGGCAGUACCAGAGCGCCUAUUCAAAUAUGGUGUAUAGGGUGGUCAGUUCACAAUGUUAUUAAUCGAAUAUAGUAACGACUGCUUGAUUCUGUCCCUUUUAAAGUGGGUCCUACACGGGAGGUACCUUUCCUGUUAACCAGACUCUCAAAUCAAUACCUUGGACUAAAAAACUUCCGGAAAAGGACAAAUGAUAAUGACAGUUUUGCAGAAGCCUUAGGCGUGAAUUUAAAAUAUGCAGUCUUUCUUCCAGAAAAUUGGGAAAUUAGUCUCCAGAAAAACACUAAUGGCCAAAAUUUGUCCAACUUUUGUUUUCAGUGGCUGAAACGCGUGGAACCACAUGAAGUGGAAGCCUACAAGAAGGUUGGCAAGUCCCUCGUACCGCUGCCUACACCGCGAGAGUCGGAGGCCAAUGAACUCUAUGUUACACUCGAGAGAUGGAUCGAGGCCUCGGUCUUUACUGAACGCACUUACCAGCACCAACAGGGACAGGUGACAGUAACGAUGGGUGAUGAAAAUGACUCAGGUGGCACGGAUCAAACAGAGGACGCUGCCGCUAGUAAAAUUGUAUCCGAUCAUCCCAGUGUCGAAUAUCCUCCUGACAUCGCCGGACGGGUUGAGACACCAGAAGAGCAGAUAUUCGUGUCUCGACUACAACUUACCGCCCCAGUCAGCAGCGAACGACAUGCUGGCAAGUACGUUGUCAUGACAAUGAGUCGCGCUAACCUCAAAUCUAUCGAGUAUGGCGUGGUCUACGUUGAGGUCAUUCCCAGUAAGUAUUUCCCUUCACUAUGUUUUAAGCAGGCUCUACCGAACUUUUACCAGAUAGCAUUUUGCAAAUCACGCAACUUGAAAAGAGCCUACGGUUAAGAGCACAAUCGGCCAAUUUCUUUGCGUUAACUAGACUGCCUUUAGAAAUUGGCUUAACUGUCUUAUAACUUGUUCUCAUCAGGCAGCGAAACAAUUACUUGAUCUUUUGUUUUUCUGAUUUGAAUUUAUAAAAUACAGGCACCGUUGUUGGUUUUGCAAGUUCUCUUACAUUUUUCCUGGGUCAUCUGUCGGUUAACUAGGGUACCUGGUGUAUUUAUGCUCACAUAUAUGGACUCGAUUAUUUGCGCACAAACGAACAUUAACUGUCGUUUAACCAGCACGUUUAAUCUCCAAAUAAAGUCCUUACACAGGAGCCGGAUUGCUUAUUGAAGCAGUCUUAACGUGCACAGGUUCCAGUGCCUUUGGCCGUUACUCCAUAUUUUGAUAACAAGCUCAGUUCUUUUGAUAGCAGUUUAUUUGGGAUCGUGGACCUACCGAAUGCCUGUUUUCUAUCUCUCUAGAGCCUUUCAUUAUUUCCACCCACAACAUCGUCGUCUACUUCGUCGUGCCCAUUGGAUUCAUUGUUUUGGCCAUAUGUGGUUCAGUCUACUUUCUGCUAUGUCGCCGGGGUCGGGAUAGAGGAGACUCCGCAGCCCAGGGAGCGCGGACACACAAUUUUAGUCACGCCUCCUUCUUCUCACAGGGCCGGGGAACCGCCGGCAAGAAAGAGCUUUCCGCUUACCAGAAUAUGUCAGCCAACGAGAAGUUGGGUGUUAGCCGCAUAGGUCCUGCAUCUAAUGGGAAGGCGGUACCGCUGUCACCGCCUGUGCGAAUGCCUCGACAGGGAGCAGACGGCCUUAGCUCUUCGACAGAACAGCGAAUCCUAAAGGGCGGGAGCAGUAGCAAGACAGGAAGUGGUGCACUGACUGCUCUUGACACCACGACGACCACAAACACUAUCGGACACCACUCUUCCAACUUCGGAGUCCCACAGCCUGACCCACACUCCUAUGCACAAUCCUCUGAGGGAACGCAGGAGGUUUCAUUCCUGCCGCGUCCAGGGAGCUGUGAAAAUCAACUGACGGAACGGAACUUGCGACUGGUCCAACAGACAACUACAUCACCACCUUCCAAUCUCUACUACAGUGGCAUCCCUGCAUUUCAAACGGCCACAUUCAGUGGUUACCCCGCUGCCACCGCCGCUGCAGCUGUCGUCGGGACAAUUCCGUACUGGCGACAUCCGGCACCCUCGGUAGCCACUGAGCUGUCCUUUGAUCAAUACUCAGCUGUCAGUAACAGCGAAGGCCCGGGGUCCACCAACUCCAUUAAUCACUAUAUGAGUCCCUUUCCCGAGUUUCCGAUGAGGGUGGUAGAAACUAAAUCAGGUAAUGUCACCUCAGUUCAAAAAUUUGCCUUUCCUGCCACUUGACAACGGAUAGAAUACUCAAGACGCAAAGGGGUAGAUAGUUUCCCUUUGAUCUCGGGAGAGUCCCCACUCCGCUCCUUCCAGUUACUUCUCCAUGCUUAUUAACAUCCCCGACCAGUACUAACUACAGCGGCAAAGACACCCAUGCGUAUGCACGCAUACAACUUUAUGCAUCCAGUCUGCUCUGUCAAGACUUUUACCACAAUAAUUUGCGAUGAGAUGUGCGCAGGUUAUUAUUCAGGCCUUUUUUCCCUGCCUGUCUGUAUGUGCCCAUUUAUACUGACGAACUUCCUCUCCUCCCCCUACACAACUCAUUCGCGGUAGUGUCGGAGAAUACAGUUUCUAUUCCAUACUUCAGCCUAUCCAUAUUUGUACAAAUUUCUGACCUUUUGAAUUUCGCGCUUAGUUUAACUAAAUUUUCACUUAUUUCCAAGACUCAAGUCUUCGUUUUUGUUUGCGAAAAGCAAGAAGAGAUAGUACGAAGCCCACAAAAGAAAACAAAAAUUUGAAACUAUUCCGACAGUUUGGAAUGCAGAGAUUAAAAAGUCUCCUUUCUAAAAUUCGUUCAAAAAGUGCAAUUUUGGUGUGCAUUCAUGCAAUAACGUUAAAUUUAAUCGGAUUUCAACGUCUUUCGGAAUGCAGACCUAGUGUAGAGGAGGAAUUCAAGGAUCUUAACACUUUAAUAUCGUAGGUUCCUCCAGCGAUAUUUUGGAAGCUAGUGGGAUUUUGGUAUGUUGGAAAAUUUUGCGCGACAAACACAAUUACAGGCGUAGUAAAAGUAGUGUAGAAAUACAUGCCUCCUGAAUAGCAGGCUGUCUUAGCUUUUAAUUCUUUCAAAAGCUCCCAGGAUCUGUUGAAUAAAUACAGCGGUCGCAAAGAUACCAGAGGCGAAAUACUGGCUUCCCGCUUUAUUAUCAAGGACAGGAAGACGAGUUUCGGCAAAUACGCGGGUGUCAUCUUCUCGUCCAUUAUUGAAAAGCUUCUGGAUUGAAUUCUUUACAGAUUUCCUCUCACCAGCAGGAUGGAAGAGAGCCUCGCGUACAGCUAAAGAACUUCCGCUUCAGAGGACUAAAGGCACAUCGAGCAAUGCUAGAAAUUGUACAUCGUUUUUUAAACUAAAUGACGGGAUUCGAUAAGGCUAUGGGAUAGUGCCUGGGGAUAGGCCUUGACUGCUACUGCCGCUUUCAAGUUAAUAUAAGUGAGAUCCUCUUCAAAGUUAAAAAGUCAAAGGGCCUAGGAAUAGCUCAAGUCAUGUCAAACAGUGGCUAAUUUAGUCAAUGAUGUCAUAUAGGUUUGUUAUCACGUGAACAUACAUAUAACGAAACAGUAUGGAAACUCAAUAACAGGGUGCACCUAAUUUACUAAGUAGAUGCAUCGGUUGACUAACUGCGCUGUUAGAAUUCGAUGCUGAAGGCCGUUCACAACUCAUUUAUGAUCUCCUAUGCUAAACGCUGCAUUUCAAGUGUCUACUUAAAAUCUCAUUGCUAGCGCAUUUUCGACAGUUUCAUAGAAACUUCUCGUAUGUGGGGUCUCACCAACAGUCUUGGAAAAUAUAUAAUUUAACCCCUAUCCCACCUCUGGAUUAGAUGAUGCUCUCCGUCGGCUACCGGGGGAUGACGAGGACGACAAAAAGUGAGCGAAAGAAAAACACAAACCGAUGCUUCCCUGGGAUAGCACACUGCUAAGGAAUAUCAGCUCUGUCGAGAAAGUACGUCAACCUGUCAGAUCGUUCCUACGUAAGUAUGGUUGACUGAAGUCAAAGCGUACGUUAGAGAGACACAAUCACGCAUCGAAAUGCAUGAAACGUCGACGCAAACUUUUCGAUGCACUUUUAGAAGGCAAAUAUUACCGAGGUUAGGCUAUAAGGUUGAUUAACGCGGAAUGCAUAUACAAGGCCGGUCAUGAACUCCAAACUGUUAACUUUUUCUGUGGUAUCUAUCUACCUACCCAGCUGACGGUAAUCUGCAAAAAUUACUGCUUACUUUUCAUGCACGUUUCGCGUGAAUUUGCGUUAAUUUGUGCACUUAAUACCACGUAAAACAGUUAUACGUUAUGCUACGAACGCUUAUUACCGUCAAAAUUGAUGCCUUCUUAAAUAUUUCAGUCGAAGGAUAACUGUAUUUUGGCUUUCAGAUUGUCACCUGAUACUGGGUUAUUGUUAUAAUAAUCUGUUGAACGUCCACUCGCACGGUUUCUGAAAAGCACACUACAUAUUUCCUCUGAAUAAUAUUAAGAUCUUCCUUUACAUAUUUAUCUUUCCUCUAACACAUGGCCGAAACCACUGAAUACGUCGUAUGAUUUGUAAGUACCGUUACAAAGCUCGGGAUGGCAGGCUACAUGGCACUUGGAGUCAGCAUCGCAAGUGUUCAGAUAGUCAAAAGCUAAGUAAAGCUUCCGGACAACUACAAAUUUGUUUACAAAAGACGGAAAUUCCACCAAAAAGUCAGUUACCACAUGAGAUUAGGUCCAGCCCUAUGCGAGAAGGGUGUAGCGAUUUCUUCACGCGCGAUGUAACUCAAAUUGGAGCCGUCUCAGGACUCAUCCACCCCAUUUUCUCUUCAUACACCCACCACGGCUCAGUGGCUGGACAAAAUCAAGACAACAUGAAAUGGGUGUGGAUUUGGUGGUCAGUAAGGCCAAUUACCCCGUUCGCCUAUACCACACCCAACUUGGCCCCUAGCACCACAAGCACCAGUUUAAAAAAUGCAUUUUUAAUUUCACGUAAUCGAGAGUGGCAAAAGGGGCACACAGAGCAGGAUCCGUUGCAGCCUGACACUCAGUUUGUGAGCGCCUAUUAUGCCAGGAUCAGCAAACAAUGGCCAUAGCAGUCUGGUAUGGCUGGCAGUUCUGACACCUGGUUCCCCUCCGGUAGAUGCGCUUGCGCUCCCGCUGGGUAUUCAGGUCGUGAGCAUGGCUGCCCAGUCAUUCUCGUCGUCCUCCUGACCCGCUGGGGUAACGGUGCUGGUCAAAAUCCUGGUCAGGUGUUUGUUGUGGACCAGGAAGUGUGACUGUACGCCUAGGUGCGGGUCCCGCUCUGCCGGCCACCUGUGCUCUACCAGGCCUCUGGUCUUCUUGACUACGACUUGACACAGGCUUCAGGUAGAGGGAAGGAGCGAACGUGGUAGAUGCUGCACAAGUCUACAUUCAAUAUAAACUAACUUACGUGCAAGUCACCGUGCCUGCCUCACCUUACUGUGGAGCACACGGUGGACAUCGUCCGGCACGAUGGUCGAACCCGUCAGCUGGCGACUUAUCGGUCACUACUAUUAGUGGGUCGAGAUAGUUUCAAAACGAAUUUUAUCUUUCAUUCUGAGGAACGAAACAUUAGAUUCCAGAUGGUUAGACCUCACUCGCUCUUACCUCAGCUGUGUCCCAGACAUUCGCGCUAUUCAAUUCCACUGGGGGCGUUAUGGACGCAUUGGCUAACGCGACGUAAAGUAGUCAUCUGUCGCGUGAAACAUAUGAGUAAGAGGGGACGUAAGGAGCAAUUACAAUCCGACUCCUGUUUCAAAGAAGGACAAAGUUGCCCAGUCAGUUGACAACCUUCGAAUCCAUGACUUUAAGCAUGCCUCACCACUCUCGAGCCUUUCAGGUUGUCUACCGUACAACAAAAAACCUAUCCAGAGGCCUAAGCCAACGGAUGUUAACUACAGCCGAGGUAGGGGCUAUACGGCUGGCCAAUCCAGUGCUAUGUUGUCAGAAGACCUUGACACAGGCGCUCCGUCUUCCGUGGUCGACACCGACCCCGGAUGGUUAUCACACAGCGCCCUAACCCCCUGAUGACAGUGAUGUGUACUCCAUGUGCACCCGGCUUACAAACAUCAUUCACAGCCUAUAUCACCGUCCCGUGCCCAAUGAUCAUAGCGCGUCGUAAUUCGAGUGUCAUGGGAACUAUGAGCGUUAAUAACCUCUGUUAACUUCCCAAAGUUUCAAUUUCUAUGUAAUCGUAUCGGCCCGCUGAUGAUUUGCAGGCAAUACGUGCUUUCCAAAUUUGACUUUCCAAGUGUAGGAUGGAAAUAUUCGUAGGACAUACACAUCUUAUUUGUUAUAGCGAGGGAUUCUCAGAGCUGCCAUGCCGAUUGGCCCCUCAUCAUCUAUCACACUCACCCUAUCCUCACGCACUAACGUGCUGUCCCCGUCUGUCGGUCGUCCGAAGGUGCGACUGGGCACAGCGACUGACCUGGCGCAAGGUUUCCGCCUAACGCUUGAUGCACAUUCAUGGCAGUAGUAAAGACCACACACAAACUCAGCGCAGGCCGACUAAUGCAUGCUAUAAGACAAUGUGGUCCGUUUUUAGUCUUGCAUAACAACGGAAAAGCCCGUUUAAGUACUGAAAGUCUCAUAAAAAGAAACUUUAUGCAUACUUUGUGUGAAAUGUGACUGAAUUCUAAAGGCAUCCAAAGGUUAUGAGAGGAAAGCGCACUAUGUUGGGACAGAUAAUUCGGAGUUCCUUUUACGACGCUGUUUGGAAGAUAUCGAUAAAAAUUUGGCAUUACAACGUGUGCGUCUGGGGUCGGGGUGCUGUUCUAUGCUGGCUGGUUUUUGCAAACACUACUAGGUAAUCCUUCCUUUUUAGUCCGUUUAAAAGUAUUUUGGUUGCUGUUGCGCGGACUUUGUCGUUUGCUGUAGAAGUAUCCGACGGGACGGAAACCGUAAGCCUACACGUCAUGGCACUAAGCAAGCAACUUCAUUAGACAUGACAUGUCUCACCAAUAAGGGGUCUCAGAAUUUCCGAGUAAAAUUUUAGGGAAGGGGAUAUAACAGAAAGUUGAGAAAAAGUUAAAAGUCUCCAAAAAAAGGUUUAAUUGAGUCUUCCACUACAAAGCUCAAAAAAUCAGUAUGAAGUCAGGCCAUCAUAAACUUCCAGGAGGAGCAUUUGACAGUCUCACGACUAUGCGAAUAUGUAUAAAAGUUUUGGCAACUGUGUUGGAUCUCCUGCGUCUGCUGACAUCGGACGUCUCAGUCAACAUUUAUACUACGCAACCUUCUUCCGACUUACGACAGCUGAUCCACCGUAAUACCAGAAGCACUGCCGGUCAGAGUGCAUAGGGAGCCCUGUCAUACCGGAAAAAAGGCGUCAGCUUGCGUUGUGAAUAGUUGGGUGUGUGUGUGUGACGUGUUAACAUCUUUUACCCUACCCAAUUAGUGUGAUUUAGACGGGAAAACUAAGUUCACUCUCGAACACCGGAAACUCUCAUUAUUUGCCAUCAAAUCUUUUUAGUUCGACCCACCACAACUGUUCAGGUGUGGGUAUUCGACGUUACUGAAUGGGUUAAUCUGCUUCAUAUUGGGUUUUCUGACUAUAAUUUCACAAGUAGCUGUAGUGGAAAGUUUCUAUGUCUGGCCCAAACAAUGUUUCGAAGUAGUUACAUAUGGAACUCGAGCACGCGGAUGUAGGAUGUCAAAAUUCAGCGAGAGAGUAGUUUGCGCAUGUAAUGUGUUACCUCCACGGCUGUGUGAAAGUUAGCAUGAAAUAGUAUUGAAUGGCUAUCUUACUCCUAUUUUCCGCAAUGAUAGUGGGAGAUACCGGGCUGAGCAUCUUGACUUCGAUGACAAAACGGUAAUUCGUCCAAGUGGUGAAUAAUGCAGGCCCUAACCAAAGUUUCCAAGUGAAAGUGUUCGCGGUGUAUUUGUUGAAGAAUGCCUCUGGAGUUUUGCCACUGACCCCUAGCUUUUCAAUUUCCCCUAAAAAUGAGUGUUAACGCACGCGCCGGACAAGACACUUGAUUUAGGAUAACUGCCAGCCUCCAGCUUUUCGCCUGCAUAGAAUGAAAAGCUUACUUCAGACGUACUCUGUUACCAAAGAUCGCCAUUAGCCAUGAGGCUGAUGGCAGCUUCCUCGGAGCUACUUGCCCCUUCAACAAACCGCGAUCACCAUUCUAGAAACCUUGUGCCGCCCGUAUCUAGAGACAGCUGGAUCUUAAGGCGCCUUCCUGAUGAGUUCGCUGCCCCAAGAAAUCGAGUUCUGGACACCGUACAGGUAGGCAAAAAAAGGAGCCAGGUCACUCACUACCGCCGUUCGAUCCAAGUCCAUGAUGCACACUGGCGACAGUGGAAGAUGUUUGGGCGUACAGUAAAGUCUCGCGAUAAGCAUUUUCUAGUCCCCCUGAAUUUCGCGAUAUCCUCUCUUUCUGGGCCAAAUGGCGCUCACUCGUUUAUCUAGUAUGAAACUGAAGGCAAGGGUAUGUAGGUUGGUCGUGUGUUUUAACGAAAACCAAGGUUAGCUGAGGCUGACUGAGGAUCUGUCCAAAGCAAAGUAAGUUGUGAAUUUGGUUACCGGUAAUUAACAGUUUUAGGUUCCCUUAAAGAUUUUUUGAGACCACUAUGUUUCCUUUUGGUUGACUAAAAUGCAAUACGUUUAACUAUCUUGCCCGUAAGCCUUGCAUACUUAUACCAGACCGCCCUUGGACCUUGAGGCACAGUUAUGAUCGUUUAACCUUGCUGCCUCAACUUUUUUUAUCAUACUACGUAUACACCUCAAUCUUAGUGACAGCUACUUUCUCGAAUCAUCUGGCACAGCACCCAAUGCCUUACACAGCAGAAAACAUGUCACUAAUCUCUCCGGUUGGGAGUUUAGUCCAGGGGUCAUGGACGCAUGCGCCUUAAGUUGGACCUCUAAGUCAAGAUAGGUGCAAAAAUGGGAGGGAAGGCGAGAUCCUCAGGGUGGUCGAUGUGUGACUCAGCAUGCAUAACGCACGAGCGCCCACCGGUGCUCGUCAGUACAAAUGAGUUCGUAACAUUGAUGUCAUGAUCCCCUCCCUCCUAUGCAUCCUCCCUCGGCAGACAUCCUGGUCGACUAUCCAACAUGCGGGUCCGUUCACCCGUGUUCCAACUUCCUCAGCAGUCACACGUCAGAUUACCCUCAGCAUGCAUAAGAUCGGAAGGACUGGGCUAGAGGGUGAGCAGGUGUCCAUAGUUAAUCCGGAAGAGAAAGAGAGAGCCUGCUGGACUGAUUGAUGAGUGCUCUCUCAACUUAACUUCCGUCUUUUCUGUCCAUUCGCUCGCUCUGUGCUACCAGCCUAUGAUUAGUACUAGCCUCUGCGAUCUGAAGAGAGAAUUUGGUUUGAGAAGGGCGGGCAGUAAGGAUAACGUACAGGAAACUGAGAACAUGAGAGUAAGGAGAAGACUGUUUGGGCGGAACUUGGGCGGAAUAUUAAGAGAUAAGUUCGUGGUGUCUGAGAGGAAAGUAUGAAGAAAGAAGUCAGUAAGAGCACAAAGUAAAACUGCAGAGGAUUGGAGAGUUGCCUGGAGGCGGAGGAGGAGGGGGGAGGAGGAGAAGGAGAAGGAGGAAGGAAGGGAGGAGUAAAGGAGCAGAAAGACUGAGGUAGUAGAGGAGGAAAGUUCGUGAAAGUUAAUGGCCACAUAAGAAAUACGUAGCAUAAGAAAAAAGUCUCGAAUGGAGGGGAAAAGCAGAAUUAAAAUGAUUAAACUGCGUUUUAGUGUGGUACAAGAAAGGGUAAUGACGAUGAAGCAAAGAAUGCAACAAAAUUUUAGCUGGGUAGAAGCCACCGCACCCAUAUAUUCGAUUGAUUGUUGCAGCGAACGCACGUACACGCACAGUACCUCUUCUAAUGCUGUGAAAUUAAGAGAUAAAUCAGACAUUUUGAUGGCAAAAGAUAUGAGGAAUUUUCUCCACGAAUUUCAAUUCCUUCCCAGUUUACUCAAGCAAUGCCUCCUUUUAGUUCUUGUUCUGGUCCAUUCGCACAACCCAAUCAUGUUUUAUGGCAAUAUCUCGGUUUUUCUGCACAGUUGAACUGUUGAAGGUCGUUCUGAGUCAUCUGGCUUGACCUAGCGUGGACACUACGAGGUAGGAGUCGCGACUUUGUCGGCUGUCGUAUUUGCACGGAUAGGGCUAGAAAAACACGCAAUAGGAUUGCAAACGCAAUGUCUCCAGAUGUGCCAUCGAAUAAGGCCAAAUAGACUUCAAUGAUUCUCUCUGGUUUAAUUGACUUCGUUCGCCAAUCGUACCUUAACUCCAAGCUCAGAAACCAAGCCCUGACCUUGGGCUCAGAUGGGUAUUACACAGACAUUCUGCCGGUAAGCCAAAGGCCCAUGGUAUGGCAGCUCGGAGUGGGUAUAUGUGAUCAAAUGGAGGUGGUGCUCACUGACUUGCCUUAUUUGUCUGACUACAUACGAACGCGCUCAUUUGCCUUGACUUUCAGUGAAGACAGCGUAAGUUGCUACCGUCACAGAGAGAUGCCUGUGAACAGUCAUUCUUCUCAACCUGUCUGUGCCUUCCACACCUCCCAAUUACUAAUAUGUCGUCGCCAUACGACCGCCUGUAAGAUCUUCAGACAUGGUUACCCAGAAACAAAGUGAGAUUGAAAGGGAACCGUAGAUCAAUGGCAAAUAAAAGUAGAGAAAUUAAACAUAUGGAUAAACCUGGGCGCAAAUACAUUCAGGGUACGUUCGAAAAAAAUUAAAACAGGCACGGAAACCCUGCGGCGACUCUAUAUUCCACUUAUUGCGAUAAAUUUACGUGAGAGAGGAUGAUGAAGAAUGCCUUAACAUCUGUAUCUUACCAAUUUUCAUCCACAAUACUAGGAUAUGCACAUGAAAUUCGGACAUUUGCUUGUAUUGGUGAGGGGUUUAUUUUUAAACAGGAUGAAGAAGCGGCCACAUAUGACAUGCCAAAAUCGGAAUGUGAGAGGAUGCACAUAAAAAUCCCUGAUAAGGUUUUCUGAUUGGAGGACUGGAAGUCAGGCUGCAAUUGCUCCGCCUUUACGUACCUUUACGGCACUGUCUAUCAUGUGACAUUCGUGUCGCCCUUCUAAAACUAUGUUACAAGUUGUCUGGCAUACGUAAACGAGCUCUUUGGCUCUGUCACCCACUACGCUCAAGCGGGAGAAAAGAGUGCGGUAGAUGCUGCGCAAGUCUGUCGCGUUUCGAACUGGUUCAUGCGUUGUUCGAUGGUGUACUGUCCACUCUCGUAGCCACGCGGUGGACUUUUUCGUUCCAGGCGAUAGAACUGUUCUGUCACCUAGCCAGUGUGAUUCACAAUUUUCGGAGUUCAUAGUCAGAUGCUUCAAUAUCAGUAAACAGCAAUCCCUUUAAGGCCCACAUUCAGUAAAGUUCCUCUCAUGCAAGCCUUGACAUUUUCCACGUAUUUUCCUGCGUACAUUACGUCAGUGUCAAAAGGAUGUCUGAGUUCAGUCAGCCUUUCUAUUUGCAACGUUUUUUUACUGUGUGCCCAUGGUCAUAUGCGUCUAUUGGAAGUAUUGACGCGGACAUGAAGUAUAUUUCGGAACUAGCAGUUUUUCUGUCUUAAUAUAGGUUUUGUUUCCUCCGAAGCGUCGCAAGCAUUAACCAUUAUUUUCAAAUUACAUAACCAUCUUCAAUCAGGUCCCAUCCUUUAAUACCACAGUAAAUAAAUCAGUUCAUCGACCAGUAGUGGUCCUACGUAAAUAUCAUAGGCAUGACUGUUUCUUCCAACAGCUUCAAACUUCUAGGGCAGGUGGAUGUUGUCGUAUCUAGUAGGUGUUCUGGCAGAUUUGAAUAAUUCAUUCUGACUCAACUAUGAAAAACUCGGAAGGCUCGAUGGAAUUAAAACCCACGGCAGCAGGGACUAGGCUUCGUAUACAGCCAACGUUCCAGCACCCCGAGCUUCGGGGCCUCGACCCAAAUGUGAUUAAACUCAUGGCUCCCGGGCGUGCCUCAUGGCUCAGUUGGCUAGAGCGCUGGCUGUACACGAAGCGUUGCUCCUGCUGUCGUAGGUUCAAAAUCCCCUUAGGCCGUCAAAUUUUUCACAGCUGGGUCGAGUAGGUGUCAGAUUUGCUAAAAAUCGGGGUCUUUAUCACGGAAGUCCUUUCCUAAUGAAUUAGUGCGCAAUGACAGAAAUUUUCCUUACAUUUAUUAUUGGGGGAAAGACUGUAGAAUAAUUGGCCGACUAAUUACACAGUCCUCCACACCAGAAGGAUUGUGUAAGUAGCACUCAACUACCAGGGGAAGGACACAUAAUCACAGGAAAAUUAAUACGCUGACAUGUUUUGCAUUGACGGUCUCAUAUGUAGCCUGGACAUUCUAACUCCCCGAGAGUAGCUGAUGCAGCGUUGUAUGCGGUUCAUACUUCCGUGUCUCAAUGAAAAUCAACUCUAUGGCUAUCGAAAUGGGAAACGACAAUUUUUAGAUAUUUUGUGGGUGCAUUCGUUCUCUUAGAAAUUGCUACUUGGAUGUAUGAAAUGGGUGGUCUGGAGUGCCCACACUUGGCGGCAUUUUGAUCAUACUCCUCAACCUCGGUCAUAUAUGAGUUACCCACAACGAUUUUCAUAUCAUCAAUUACGAAUAUAUCAUACUAAUUCGAGGGUUUCGCGAUGUCACUGUAGCCAUAAGGCAGGAAGUAGAAAUUUAAUUUCUAGAACAUGCAUAAGGAAUGUUUUGAAAAUCACAAUGACAUAGGGAAGAGAUAUCGUGUCUUGAAAAUCUGUAAUUUUCAGAAGGCUGCUACGUCUAAACAUUAAAAAUCAUAAACCAGUAGCUCUUGCAAAGAUAAACUUUGAUAUUUAAUUGCCAAAGAAAAGCAUCUUGCCUGGUUAAUGGUUUGUAUUGAACGAGAUCAGUGUAGGAAGCUGGUACGAUCCCAAAUAGGAAUGGUUGCAUUCGAUAUGGAAAACUACGGAAUUAUCCCGUAAAUGCAUGUUUUACGUGAUCCUGGCAGGUAGUUAUUCCUACUUAAAUAUACAUAUGACUGUUCUGGUUAAGGUUUUAUACUAAAUUUCUCUAGCUUGUAGUUAUCGCAACCAUUAUAAAAGCACCACAUCUGGAUUAGUUAUACUUAAAUGCUCUCCCAUUUGGUGGGCCACAAAUAUUUUUCGCGCUGUCUCAUGAGGUCGGCCGCCUUUUUCUGGCAUAAUAUUUGUUGACCGCGCCUUUUCACUGAUAUAGUUCACUGCUAUCCGGUCGAAGUAUGGUUGCAUGGCGAGAAAUCUUGCACACCUACUGAUAACAAGUACGUGUGUCGACAGUAUCUAUGUAUAAUAUCUGGCUACCAACUGCGAUCUCACCGAAAUCUUUAAUAAAAAUCGGGGUGAAAUGCUACUUAUAUGAUUCUUCCCAAAGACAAGAAGGUUGCGAGUGGGCCUCUCUGGCUUAAAAGAGCAGGUGCAUAGUAUUUUGUUGAGUGAAGCCUCGACAGAUGUCAAAAUUAGAAUAUAAUAACGCUGGUGAACGCAAAUGACCAGCAAAUUAUGGUGAGGCGAGAUCAACGAGAAGACGAAGAUGAUCCAGAAGCGCCAAUUCACUAUUUCUUAAUCCAUUGUUCGGUUUUAAGAAAUGCUUUACCUACUUCGAAAAUGACAAGGUAAAACUUUUAAACGUUAAAUGUUGGCUAAAGACGCGUGCUGCUAAAUUCAAAAUGACACAGAUUUAGUGACUAUGGAAGUGCCAAUCAAGCAAGUGACAACAAUUCAGUUUAUUUCGCCCACAACUAUAGGAAGCUUUAUCCGCUUUAGUCGUUCAAAGCUAGUGUCGAUGCAGCAGGGAAGGAUGGAAUUGAUGACGGUAUUUUUCAUCUUCAUGGGAGAGGAGAGAAAUAUUUGAUAGGUUAUCGCUCGGCACUCCUAGUGCAGAUGCCAAAAUUAUUGUUUGUAUAAUUGACAUGAACCUAAUAACAGCUAAUUGGAUUUCUCAGCGUCAAAGAGUGGUAUAUAUCAAAGCCCACAGAAACACCGAUGGCGAGAUUCUACGGUCUUCCAAAGGUACACAAGCCGGAUGUUCCCCUCCGACCAAUCACCCCACUCCGAGGCACACCCAAGUACGGGCUCGCAAAUUGGCUGUUUCAGAAGCUAAGAUUCCUAACCGCGGACUCAGAAACAACGGUACACUCAACAGAGCAAUUCCUCGACAAAAAAGGGCGGUCACGAUCGAACCGAAUGAGAGGAUGGUGUCAUUUGACGUCGCCUCACUCUUCACGUCCAUACGACAGGCCCCUGCGGUCGAAACGCUCAGUGGCCUGCUACGUCAGAAUUACGACGAGGGCGAUGGCCAGUCCACAGCUCAGGAUCUCAUAGAACUCAUGGGGCACUGCCUCAAGACAUUUUUUACCUUCGAGCAAAUUAAGGGCACUCAGAUAGGUUCACCAAUCUCCGGACUCAUUGACGAGGCCGUUCUGCAAAAACUCGAGAAACGACUGUUCGGGGAAUACAAACCCAAGUGUUGGGCGCGCUACGUUGAUGAUACCUUCGUAAUCAUCCAUUAG